UAUGCACGUGUGACUUGGGGAUAUGUGUUGUUUUCUUUGGUUCAGAGUUUGAACAACAAUAUACCAUGAAAACAAAAUCUUCUUACCAUCGGAGUGAAAACACAUUUAGAUUCUUGACGUUCUCUGAGAGAGUCGCUAACAUCAACAUAGAUGUAAUUAGACGAGUGGACAGACGUGUAACAGAGGAUGAAGAGGUUGAAACAUAUUUUGGAGAAGCAUUACAAAAAUGGACCGAGCUAAACUGUACAGAACACUUCACCAACUUCCGCCGUGAAAUAUCAGGACAAGUGAACAAUUUUGCACAAUUAGUACACCAUAAACAAGAAAUAAUAGAUGUUCUAAAAAGACAUCUGCAAGUAACAAACAGUUUGGCAUUUGAGCCACUUUUGGAUUUGGUGGUCAAUUUAGCAAGAGAUCUUCAGGCUGAUUUCACCCCACAUUUCCAAGCAUUCUUUGACAUCAUAGUGGCACUGUUGAAUGCUUUUCCCCAGAACACAGAACUACUCGAACAGGCAUUCACAACACUGGCAUAUCUCUUCAAGAUUUUGUGGCGAUAUCUUGUGAAAGACAUUGAGAAUGUAUUCAGGUUUUUUUCUCCUUUGCUGGGCCAGCAGCAUAAAGAGUACAUCAAUAAUUUUGCGGCUGAAAGUUUUGCAUUUUUGAUGAGAAAGGUGAAGGACCAUGGUGCACUUUUUAACUUUAUGUUCAAGAGUCUGGAAGAAAACCCAGAUCAAGUAGCUGGUGUAGGAAGACUUCUAUUUGAAAUGAGCAAGGGAGUGAGGAAACAAUUUCACAGUUGUACAGAAAAGGUUUUUCCCAUAGUUCUUUCUAAGCUGGGACCUCAGGAUGGAGAUGCUGUAAAUUUAGACUGGGAUAUGGUUGAACAGGCAUUGAUCAGUAUGAUGCAGGCCAUGACAACAUAUACUUCCAAAGAGGAGAGUCAGGUCAUUCUAAAUAUUUUAGAGUCUGUGAUAUUUGACAUGCAUAAACGUUGGACAGAGAGAAGGCAGAAGAAAAAGAAAGCUGAGGCAGCAAACCAUCUUCACAGAUUGCUGAAGUUACAACUAGUGUGGGUGCAAUAUAAGGACGGAGUGUUACUGUCAAAACCAGAGAACAUAGCCAAACAACUGUGCACAAUACUGAUUGGAGAAGAGUUACCUGUGGACUGUGCGAAGACUCUCUUGCAGGUCACGUCAUCUCUUCUUCUUGAUUCAAGGUGUACACUGGGUGUUGAUCACAUAAGCAAACUGAUAGCCACAGUCUUCAAAACAUCCUUUCCACGUGAAGUUCUUUUUUCAUUUACAAGACGUGUAUUUUCACUGCCCAUGUUUGAAAAGGACAUGCUGCCACCAUUGAUGCAGUACUGUCAUGAAUGUGUGAAGUCUGGUAAAGAAAUUGAAGAUGUAUUACAGCUACUGACAGAGCUGGUUAUAUACAAAACCACACCCAUAACUGAUGCUACUCAGCUUGAUACCAGGACAUUACUUCUCUUGGAUUUCAGUUUUGCUGUGAAAGGGAAAACGCAGGACACUUUUCCGAGGUUUGUGACAUCCUUACUGACAAAGUCUUUUUCUCUAAGUGAUCUCUAUGAAGUGGCACAAUUGUGGGCAGCAUUAGUGUGUGUUCCUCAUGUCAGGCCUUUGCAAAAGGAAGAGGCAAUGAAGGGAUUAAGAAUGGUGUUUGAAAGUUUGAGUAAAGAACUUGGCAGCAGUGACUGUAACAGUGUCUCCACCUGCCUACCUCUUCUUUGCCAGACUAUCAUUGCCAUGUUACAUAUCUGCCAUGAAAGAACAUUUUUUGACAUUGUGUCUGUAGAUGUUAUCAGGAUGUUACUAAGAAAAUAUGGUUCAGAGGUGCAUAUGCUGAGGACAGCAGAUCUGUUCUUCACAAAGGCAGCUGGGGAAGAUAUGGAGGACAUUUGUACAGAGCGACUGGGUCUGGAAAUUUUUCCAUAUUUACAAGAGAAUUUAUCAUCUAGUAUAUCACAGAGUAGACUCCUGACUUUGAGGAUAAUGUCAUGUUUUGAUCUACCUUUACCUGAAUGUGAAGAUGAGAACACAGUCCAAACCAGUAUAUUCAGUAUAUGUCUUGCUGCAGAAAUGAUCCCAAUAACAGUGCAAGACUACAGGGAGAAACUGAUGCACCUGAGAAAACUGGACUUUGAAGUGGUGGAGCACAAUAUCCCAGUGGGACCUUUCAAAGAGGUAAAUGCUUUCUACUUGGUAUUUUGUGUCAAGAAUGAAUACAAGCACUUGGUGGGCCUGAGGGUGAAAAUGCACCUUCACAUGACCUUUUUGUUGAAAAAAUAUGUAAAAGUCAUUUUUUGUUUCCUUGUUUCUAGAAAAUAUGGUUCAGAGGUGCAUAUGCUGAGGACAGCAGAUCUGUUCUUCACAAAGGCAGCUGGGGAAAAUAUGGAGGACAUUUGUACAGAGCAACUGGGUCUGGAAAUUUUUCCAUAUUUACAAGAGAAUUUAUCAUCUAGUAUAUCACAGAGUAGACUCCUGACUUUGAGGAUAAUGUCAUGUUUUGAUCUACUUUUACCUGAAUGUGAAGAUGAGAACACAGUCCAAACCAGUAUAUUCAGUAUAUGUCUUGCUGCAGAAAUGAUCCCAAUAACAGUGCAAGACUACAGGGAGAAACUGAUGCACCUGAGAAAACUGGACUUUGAAGUGGUGGAGCACAAUAUCCCAGUGGGACCUUUCAAAGAGGUGCCAUUGAGGUAUUUGCUGGGAAUGAUGUAUGUGAACUUCACAUUGAUUUGGGACCCUUUAUUAGAGCUUAUAAAGACACAGGCAUGUGGCUUAGAGAAAACAUCAUUUUGGAAUAUCUACAUUCCCCAUUUGAAGACAUCAGCUGAGUUAGCAGAGAGAAGCCUGUUAGACUCCAGCACAACUCGUCCAGAAGGCCAGUUGGUGGAUGAAGAAGAAGAGGAUAUUGAACAAAGACCAUUAGAGGAGAUCUUCAGAUUGCACUGUUCAAAAUGCUCCAGCACUAAAGACAGACCAGAUCACGCCAAUGUUCGUCUUCUUCUCUGGAAGGCUAUGCACCUGUUUCCUGACAAGUGUGAGGCUAAAACUAGAGAAAUUGUUCCUUUGUUCUUUAGAUUUCUUGAGAAUGAGUAUUACCCUGCUGACCUACAUGUGGCCCCCACUCAAGAUUUGAGAAAGCCUGGGGAUGGUUUGGAUGAAGAGUUAGAAGUAGACCAGGGGGAUAGCAGUCAGGGAGAUGAGGAGGAAGGAGAAGAGAGUAAGGGAAAGAUGAAGCGGAAAAGAGCUCCAACAAAGACAUUAUUAGCACACCUGAGGUUAUUCACCAAAUUCAAAAGCCCAAAAUCAGUGUACCAAGAGCCAAGGCUCAGAGAAUUAUACCAGGAGUUACUAAAACACAAAGAUCCAAGUGUCCAACAAGUUGCAAUGGACUGCAUUUAUACCUAUAACUACAAGUACAUUACACCUUACAAGGAGAAUUUUAACCGCCUGCUUGACAACAAGACAUUUAAGAAUGAAAUCAUUUUGUUCAGUAUAGACACUGAAAAUAGUGUGGUGGACCCAGAGCACAGGGAAGGACUGCUGCCUUUGCUUAUGAGGAUUCUCUAUGGAAAAAUGCUCCACAAGACGGGCAAGGACUCUGCUGGGAAGGGGCACAGUCAGUUCCGCAAAGCCAUUGUUUUUCGCUUUCUGGCAGGCUGCCAGCAGCAAGAACUCAAAAUUUUCAUGGAUCUCAUAUUUCAACCUUUUGUCAACUUUGCAACUGGUGAUGCUCUUAGUGCUCUAAGAGCAGCUGUAGCUUCAGUUGAUCUCAGUAAGAUGGUGCCUCUCAGGAAACAACAAGGUCUUUUGAACACCAUGGAUGUCAUCUUCAAUAAGCUUGGCAAUCUAAUAGACAGCUACCUGCCCACCAUGUAUCAGAUCUUGGUGUGUCUGGCUGGUAUCUGCGUCCAUGUGCUGGACAGGAGGGUGGACAUCCACCCCAAGGCUAUUAACACACUCAAGACACUCAGGCAGCUGACCAUUAACAGAAUUACUCAGUUCUUCUCAUCCUUUGACAACUACUCAUUUAGCUGGCGAGACAUAGAUGCUGUGUUUGAGGCAGUGGUGUGGCCCCAGGUAGAGAGGCUGCCACAUGAAAGUCUGAGCCAUCCAACGCCUUUGCUCAAGUUGAUCUGCGCCUGGAGCCAGAGUGUCAGGUAUCUCCCUCUCCUGGGAAAGCAUCAGUCAGGGAGCAAACAGCUUACCCCUCUUAAGUAUGUGUUCCAACUACUGGUGGCCCCAACGGCCAGUAGCACAGUGACCAACAUGAUAGUGGACAUAAUCGAGCACCUGUUGACCCUGGAGGAGAAAGAUGAGGAGGAAGAAGAGAUGGAGGGAAUGGUAAAACACAGGGUUACUGAUCUGGAGGUUCAUGACCUGGUAGUAGCACCACAGACUGAACAGAUAGGAGAACCUGCUAAGUAUGGAUGUAGACUGCUGCUACCACAUGUGCCAAUCAUUCUACAAUAUUUGAAACAAAUUGUUGAAAAUUUGGUGAAACAAUCCUUGAAGAAGAGAGCUUUUCCAACCAGAGACCUCAACAUUUUAUCAAGGCUGAGUGCCUUUGUGAAGGAUUCAGACCAAAGUGCCACACUGAUCCAGCUGUUGCUUCCAUUUUUGGAAAGAAAUAUCACCAGAACCCAGGACGUUGAGGUGGAUAUUCUGCAGACAGUGGCAAAUCUCAUUAGACUGGUAGAUGAUCCAAAGGAAUUUGUUCCUCCUCUGUGCAAAUUAUUCUCCUCUUUACAUUCUCGAGUCUCCAGAACAGCUUUAUGUCACGUACUGAAGUGCAUUUCAGAGAGAGAUGAAAGCAUAAGCAUAAUGGCCAAUAUUGUGCACAAGCUGAAUGCAUGGGAUGCAAGGCGGGUUGAAGAACCAGACUAUAUGACCAGAUUAGAUGCUUAUAAAGAGAUCAACCACAUCAUCCAAAAAAUGGAGCCUUGUGUGCAGUUUUUGAGAAUGGUCAUUUAUAACUGCUGCUUCUGUAUAGGCAAUGUGGAUGACCUUUCUUUGAGAGACAAUGCCUCAUUCACCCUUCAAGAAAUGGUAAAGACAUUGGCCAGUAAAAACUAUGAUAAUGAAGUCUUUGUGGAAGUUGUCCUAGACACACUUAUACCGGAGAUUAAACUAGGACUGAAAAACAAGACUGAGGUGGUGAGACAUGAAAUGCUCAAUCUUUUUUCUCUGGUAGUCAGACAUUUCCAAACUCAGCCAAAGUUCUUAGACUUUGUAGCCUUAACAAACGAAGACUUGGAAGUGGACUUCUUUGAGAAUAUAAGACAUAUACAGACACAUAGAAGGUCCAGAGCCAUGAGGCGUCUGAUAAAGCACAUGACUUCCACAAAACUGAAGAACGAAUCCCUUCUCUCCUACAUGCUUCCAAUUGCCACAUCAUUUCUCACUGACAAGACAUAUGAAAAGGCUCAGCACUUGAUUGAGGCAGCUGUAGACUUAGUUGGUGCCAUCUGCAGGCAGUUGCCAUGGGAACAUUAUCUUAGGAUAUUGAAAUAUUACCUUGGUCAACUGCCCAAAAGUUUAGAAAACCAAAAGUUAAUGGUCAGGAUUGUUGUGACGGUAUUAGAAGCCUUCCACUUUGACCUGUCCAAGAGCAGAGGCAUAGCUGGGGCAGUAGUCACAGAGCCCAGCAAAGAUCAGGAACUUCCUCUGGAACAAGAUGCGGAGGAGGAAAAAGAGGAUGCUGAUCUGGAUGAAGACUUAGUACAGAAUCAGGCAGAGGAAGUGAGCCCUGCAGUUGACAGUGUUGAGUCUGUGUUAGAGUCCCAGAAAAGUCCAUGUGCUCCAGGUCUUGCCUCCAGGAUACACAGGAUGAUUGUGAGGUCCAUUCUACCAGAGUUGCACAGAUGUUUGACUAAGAAGACAAAGAGUGAUGAGGAGCAUAAACUUGCCCAACCCACAAAAUAUGCAGAGGAUGAGGAGGUACUGAGGGUCCCCAUUGCUUUGGCCAUGGUCAAACUGCUGCAAAACCUACCAAAGGGUACCUUGGAGCAUUCUUUGCCAAGUUUGCUCAUCAAGGUGUGUGAGUUUCUUCGAUCCAGAUCAAAAGACAUUCGCAACAUCACCAGAGAUACAUUAGUCAAAAUUGUUGAUUCACUGGGACCCAGCUUCUUCCACUAUGUCCUGAAAGAAUUGCGAGGUGCUCUUACGAAAGGUUAUCAGUUGCAUGUGCUGUCUUUUACUGUGCACUCUCUCUUAAAAAGUAUGACAGCAAUUCUCCGACCUGGGGAUUUAGAUAACUGUGUUCAGAGCCUAACUGAGGUUUUCAGCAAGGAACUUUUUGGGCAAGUGGCAGAGGAGAAAGAAGUGGAGGGAAUUGUGGGAAAACUGUUUGAAGCAAGAAGCAGCAAAAGUUAUGAUUCCUAUGAGAUUCUAGCAAAAUUUAUCAGCAAGUCAUCUCUGACCUCAUUGAUCAUACCUCUGAAAGAGGUCCUUGACUCCACACACAGUCACAAAAUUUCCAAGAAAGUCCAAGAAGUCUUAAGAAGGGUCACACUGGGACUCAUUGAGAAUAAAGAACUGAAAGAAGAGACAUUGCUUAUCUUUAUACAUGGUCUUGCCAAUGAGGCUCUUCCAUUAAUCACUCCAGAUCAGAAAGACAAGUCAAAUAUGUCAAAACCUCCACCAGACCCACGUCUCCAUCCUCCAAGCACAUUGUUGCUCACGUCUGCUCCACCACGUGGAGGUGUCAAACCAUCAGGCAACCAAAAGACAAACAUGCACAUCUUGGUUGACUUUGGGCUACAGUUGUUAUACAUGCUACUGAAGAGAUCUAGAGUAGUGGCUAGCAACACCCAGAACUUACAGAUGUUAGACCCAUUCAUAGAAAUAUUGUCAAACUGCCUGUAUUCAAAACACGUCAAGGUUGUAACCACAUCUUUGCGAUGCCUAAGCUGGAUGCUGAAGUUUCCCCUUCCUUCUCUAAAGGAUCAUAUUACCAAAAUCACAAAUCAACUGUUUGUUCUGCUCAAGAACUAUGCCACAGCAGGGGGAGCUCAGGGGGAGAACUUUGAAUUGGUGGUUAGCUGCUUUAAGACAAUAACUGUCUUGGUGCGAGAUGUAAAAUUUCACAGUGUAGACACCAAUCAGCUUCAGAUCUUACUGGGCUAUGUAGAGGAAGACAUGCAUGAUUUCAACAGACAGGCAACAGCUUUUGGGCUUCUCAAAGCCAUCUUAUCAAGGAAGCUACUUGUACCUGAAAUUCAUGAAAUUAUAGGAAAAGUAGCACAGUUAUCCAUAACUGCAGAUGCUCCCAAUGUCCGACUUCAGAGCAGACAGGUUGUUCUUCAGUUUAUGUUGGAUUAUCCUUUGGGUAAACAACUGAAAAAGCACCUAGAAUUCUAUGUGACAAAUUUGCAGUUUGAGCUAGAAUCUGGACGUGAAUCUGCCUUAGAGAUGUUGGCAACCAUAUUUUCCAGUUUUCCACAGAAUAUCCUUACUGAACAUGCAGGCUUCUUUUUUGUACCAAUGGCCGCCUCUCUUGUCAAUGAUGAGUCUGCACAGUGCAGGAAGUUAACUGCUUUGGCCAUCAAGUCUUUACUGUCAAAGCUUCACAGUGACCAGAGAGAUGAGUUAUUAAAUAUUGCCAUGCUGUGGUUUCAAGAUGAGAAGGUAAGAAUGGGGAUCCGGAAUUUAAGGCAAAUAUGA